CGCAGCCAAGCCCUGGCCGUGAGGACCAGCAGGGCGGGCCCUGAGUUUUGCUCUCUGCUGGGUCGGGUGGAUCUGUGAUUUCAUGGGGAAGUUCAACGGCCACUUCUACCCAGGGCUGUAUCUUUUCUAUUAUGGGCUGUACCAGGCCACGAUGGCGUCCAGGGCUCUGAUAUGCAACAACCCCCUCCUGUGGCCUCCACAGCCCCCCAGGAGUGAGGGGAGGUGGGGCUGGCUGUGGACGCUGCCCUACGCGGGGCUGCUGAAGACGGCGACCGGCUCCACGCUCACCCUCUACGUGGUUUUCUGUCUCGAGGAUGGAAUGCUGCUGAUGGACAGGCAGCUGCCGCCCCGGUUCAUGUACCCCCACGAGUGGCAGCACCUCACCAUGUUCGCCCUCCUGGCCCUCCUGGGCUGCGUGGAGCUGGCCAGCGGCAGCCUGCUGCCCCGCAAGUGCGUGGCCCUGGAGAAAGGCGCCCUGGCCCUGACCUUCUACGAGCUCCUGCUGCUGUUUGUGUCACAUGCUCAGGGCUCCGAGAGGGUGGAGCUGCAGGUACACGCCCUGCUGCUCCCCGUGGUGCUGCUGCUGAGCCUGGUGCUGACCGCGCAGCUCUGGGCUCCCGCCGCCCGCCAGCUCCGGCUGAUGGAGAGCUUCCUCUUCCUCGUCAUGGGCUCCUGGCUGGUGCAGGCCGGCUUCAUCCUGUACAGACCCAUCUCCGGCUUCCCCUGGCAGGAUGACGACGUCAGCGACAUCAUGUUUGUCACCACUUUCUUCUGCUGGCACGUGAUGGCCGACGCGCUGUGCCUGCUGGGGGUCCACGGCUUCUCCUUCUUCUGGCUGCGUUGCUACGGCCCCCGCUCGGAGCCGGCGGGGUCCACAGGGGCUCCGUGUCACGCGGGCCCCCGGGGGCCCCUCUACACGUUGCUGCAGGAGGCGGAGCAGUCUGAGAAGGAGGAGGGGGCUCUCCUCCUGCCACAGGCUCAGCCCGGGCCCUAGCGCACCCCAUCUUCCUCCCGUGGCUCCCCAGGCCUGUGCACGGCACCCCUCGCUCCCCAGUACAGGCAGCGAGCGCCCUGCAGCACAGCCGCUGCUCUCAACCGUGGUCCCUGUCACCGAGCUGCAGUUCCCAAGGAGAUGAGGAGAAAGACACCUACGGAGGAGACACACGUGGACGUGGUGGGUGGGGGGAGCGGAAGAGAAAGGGGCCUGGGCGUGGAUCUGUGAGCA